AUGGCAAUGCCAAUAGAAGAGUGGUAUUAUGAAGUCCCUCUAAUCACCAGAACUUACAUGACAGCAGCUGUGGCGACUAGUUUGCUAGUGUAUCUCGGUAUAAUAAGUCCUUAUCAGCUGUAUUUCAACUAUGAUUUGAUAGUUCACAGACAUCAGUAUUGGCGUCUAGUUACCAACUUUUUGUACUUUGGAACAUUCUCACUUGAAUUUCUAUUUCAUAUGUUCUUCCUAGUUCGUCACAGUCGAAUGCUGGAAGAAGGUUCAUUUCGAGGAAAGACUGCCGAUUUCUUCUGGCUGCUGAUUUUUGCUGCAACUGCCACACUUCUACUCUCUCCCAUCGCGAGUUUGUUACCUGGCCCGCCAAUGACAUUCCUCGGUUCACCACUGGCCUUUACACUGGUCUAUAUAUGGUCACGUCGUAAUCCCUGGAUACGUCUUAAUUUCCUAGGUCUAUUUGUAUUCAGUGCCCCAUUCCUGCCAUGGGUACUAUUGGGGUUCUCAUUACUACUCAAUAGCGGCUUUCCCACAGGAGAUCUCAUGGGAAUCGCGGUAGGCCAUAUUUACUAUUUCUUCGAAGACGUAUGGCCGAAUGAGAGACAGAGUGGAGGGGUGCGAAUUCUGAAGACACCUGCUUUCAUAACUCGAUUGUUUGAGAGAACAUCAAACGACGUUAACAUAAGACAGCCCGAAAAUAUAGGUUUUCCUGCUGAUGAUAUUGAUACUGGUGCUGAUAAUGAACAACAAGGAAGCGUUGCCAACACCACAAAUGUUGCACCAGAUGUGACCGCGCCGGCAACAUAG